AUUUCCGGUUCCGUCAGUACCGGGAGCCCGGUCGAGAUGGAGGAAGAUGCGACCGGAGGCCAUCAGUCGCCCGAAACAGAGGAUAGAGUGGGAGCUGCGGCCUAGAGAUCCGCGCUUGGAGUUCACCUCAGACGGGGCGGAACCGCCCUGAUGUGAGAAAGACAUCCUGGGUCAUCUGUUGGGUCUCCAUAUGAAGCACUUUAACCUUUGUGUCUAAGCUGUGUUAAAAGAUGGGGGAAAAUUCAGAAUUGGAGCCAUGAACACAAAUAAGGAUCUGGGAAAGAGCCAUAAAGAAGCUGGGCUGAUUGAAUUGGAAGAAAGGAAGGCUGAAGGAAGUGAGCAUACAGGUCUCCAGACACAAUGGAGGACAAACGUAACAUCCAGAUCAUCGAGUGGGAACACCUGGACAAGAAGAAGUUCUACGUGUUUGGUGUGGCAAUGACGAUGAUGAUCCGUGUCAGUGUCUACCCAUUCACCCUCAUCCGCACUCGCUUGCAGGUUCAGAAAGGCAAGAGCCUCUACCAUGGGACCUUUGAUGCCUUCAUCAAGAUCCUACGGGCAGAUGGUGUGACUGGCCUCUACCGGGGGUUCCUGGUCAACACCUUCACCCUCAUAUCUGGCCAGUGCUAUGUUACUACUUAUGAGCUCACCCGGAAGUUUGUAGCUGACUACAGCCAGAGCAACACAGUCAAAUCACUGGUGGCCGGUGGCUCGGCCUCUCUCGUGGCUCAGAGCAUCACAGUGCCCAUUGAUGUGGUCUCCCAGCACCUGAUGAUGCAGCGCAAGGGUGAGAAAAUGGGCCGCUUCCAAGUGCGAGGGAAUCCAAAGGGACAAGGGGUAGUUGCCUUUGGCCAAACCAAGGACAUCAUCAGGCAGAUCCUGCGGGCUGAUGGACUUCGUGGCUUCUACCGGGGCUAUGUGGCUUCGCUGCUUACUUACAUCCCAAACAGUGCUGUCUGGUGGCCCUUCUACCACUUCUAUGCAGAGCAGCUCUCGUCCCUCUGCCCUAAGGAGUGCCCUCACAUCGUCUUUCAAGCCAUCUCGGGGCCUCUGGCUGCAGCCACUGCUUCCAUCCUCACCAAUCCCAUGGAUGUCAUCCGAACCCGAGUACAGGUUGAGGGCAAGAACUCCAUCAUCCUGACCUUCCGACAGCUGAUGGCAGAAGAGGGGCCUUGGGGCCUCAUGAAAGGCCUCUCCGCCAGAAUCAUCUCAGCCACGCCCUCAACCAUUGUCAUUGUGGUGGGCUACGAGAGCCUCAAGAAACUCAGCCUCCGACCUGAGCUGGUGGACUCAAGACACUGGUAACCAGUGAUGGGGAGAGAAGCCUGCUGUUUCCCACACUACUCUGAGUCAGGGGCAGAGAGGAGAGGGUAGCACCCUCUUCAGGUGCCCCACCAGAUACCGAGUCCGGCCCUGGGUCAGGGACAGAGACUUUGAACUGCUCUUGCUGAAGAGGCUCCACGCCUGGAUCCCCUGCUCUCAUUUUUAAAUUUUCUUGCCAAACUGGGCUCACUCAUUCAGUACAGGUACUGUCCUGCCCUAAGGAAAUCCACUCUCCCUGCCAAUUCCACUCCAUCCAUCCCCUGCCAACCCUUCUCUGCCUUCCCCCUCCAUCUGUGUCCCUGAGAUCCUGAGAAGAGCUGCACAUAGAACUUGCUUACUACCACUGGUUCUUCCUCUUGGGCUUUCAGCCCAGAUUCCAAGCAGUUGCCAUCAGCCCUUUCCUGCUUCAUCUCUUAGGCUUGCUUAUUUUUAUUUUGGGACUGAGCUGCCCACCAGACUACUCUGCUUUUCCCUGCCACUGGGGGCAAGGUGCCAGGCACUUUUGCACAGGGAGUGGGAGCAGCAAAAACCUCUGGUUCUCCAAAGCACUCAUCCUCUGUUUGGAGAGUUAUUAGGUUGGGGAGAAAUGUUGAUACUUUAUUUUGUGUGUGUAUUUUUCUGUGAACCAGGCUACUGUCUUAGUCCUGCUAAAGCACCAAUCCUGCAGUCAGAGCCCACCCCUUCCUCAGACAGGUGGAAAAAUAUCAUGUAGCUUUUCCCUCAAUCCCAGUUAUCUAUCCCUCCCAGUCCCUUCAGUCCCAGCAGCCUCAGGAUAUAUAAGCUGUUUCUUUCCUCCUGGCCCAGAUGACUACAGUGGUGGGCACAGCUCUAAAUAGAUCAGACUGUCUGGGACACACUGGACUUGGAACACUACCCUGAAAAGUCUGGUUUAGAGAGUAGUUGGUUUGGAAAGUGACAGGAGUAUAUGUGUGCCCUAGUGCAUCUCCCUCGACCAGCUGAGCCAAACCUAGGAGAGGGCAGUGGAGGUUCUCAGCCCCAGGCAGUCAUGACACACAUAUAUACCCCAAUCACUUGGACUCACAGAAACAGAUGUUGUCUCACAAUGGGAGCCUCUGAGAUGUGGAACUGUUUGUGUUUUUCUUGUCUCCGAUCUGAGGAGUCAUCCCGGUCAUGGUACCCUCUGGAGGGAUGCUUGGAGGCGGAUAAAGGGCGGGUCAGGAACUCACCCAAUACCAGGACCACUGCAUUUACCAGCCUGAUACUGCCGAGAUGAUCUGUUGAAGCUCUCGGGAGCUAGAUGAUGAGUGCUCCUUCCCUGCCUCAUCCUUCCCCCACAACACACACCUCCUCUACCAAGCUUGUGUUGCAGGUGAGGAGAGGUGCAGUAAAUGGAAUGACAAGAAGGCAUACCAAACCCUGCACUUUUACUUGAGACAUCUGGCUUGGAUGACCCUUCAAACUUUCUUAUUGGUCCCACCCCCUGGGAGAAGCCAUGGUGCCAAUUUGAAAGGUGCUAGCUACCUGAAGCCUUGAUAUUUCUUAUGGCUGCCCCACAUUCUAUCCCCCAGGCAAGAUCAGAAUCUGAAUUCUCUACCUUCACCACCACCACUGCCCAUCUUGGGCUCUAUCUUUGAGGGUUAUUUUCUCUUUCACUUAUUUUUAUUUUUGACUGUCCCUUGCGCUUUGUCAGGAGUCCUCCAAUUUCUAUUCACAAACAGUCAUCCAAAGGGUUGGGCCCACAGAUCAUGAAUCUUCCUGCCUCUCAGUCACUCCUUUACCCUAAGAACCACCAACAUAAUAGAAGCCAGGGGUCCCUCCUUUCUCUUUAAACUCAUCCUAGUGAGACCUUUGGAGGUUGGUUUUCUCAGCUCCACACCUUCCCCUCCCUACAGUCUUGUCUUCAGUCCUUCCCCACCAUUGCAAAGUGGGUAAAGUAUCAGGGACAGGAGGUAGUCUCCUGCUUCUCAUGUCUUAGGUUGUUUCCAUCCCAGACUCCUCCAGACUCUUUCUUCUGUUUUAUUUUAUUGUACAGUAUUUCAGCCUUUCACCUGUUUCCUCUGUCUGUCUCUCUCUGUCACACACACAGUUUUAAAGGACGAUGGGCAUUUACUAAAAGGGACCCCUGGCCCCUACUUUCCCAUCUAAUAUUUUAGGGACUGGGAUUGGGUUUGGUUAAAAUGCCUUGGUGGGGGUGGGAUAGUGGGCUUCCAUUUUCCCAGGACCAUGGAUCUGGACCAAUUGGAAUUUUUGAUACAUUGGUCUGUAGCCAAAAUUGGAAGAAACUUUCAGGGGACUGGGCAAGACGGGAAACCUGAUGGGAGUAUUUAAAGACAGGGGAAUAAAGUGCAGAUGCAGUUAACAUUUGAUAAAAUGGAUUCGUGAAUAUUAACAGCGAACAUUCACUGUUGCACUGUAUGAAGUCUCCGAAGUGUAAUUAAACGUUUUUAUUGAGUCCUU